AUGCGGUCUCUAUCACCAGCGCUCGCUUCCCUUGCGAAUGUCUUCCGGAUUCCCAUGUCGCUGGCGCCUGUGCGCCCUUCGGUCACCCGUGCCUGCCAAGAGACCCUGACCCGACGAGCAACACAACCAGGCCCGGUCACCGCAGCCGUGCAAUCCGCCCCAUUCUCAUCGACAAGCUCAAUGGCCAAGCGUGCAGGCCGCCCUGGAACAGACAAGCGAAUCACCCUUAUUCGCUACUUCCUCCACCACCCCCUCACCCCACGUCCCCUCCGCUUCUCCCGUAAUCGUUUCCUGCGUCACUGGACUAUCCACCGUACCUGGCAACUCUUCCAGGCGAAGCAGCGUCAAAACCACGAACUCGAGCUGCAGCGUCAGUACCAGAGCAUGCAGGCUGCGUGUGAGGAGCUGCGGACUGGUGCCGGUGAUGGUGGCAGGCUGUUCCGGAAAUCGAUGAACAAGAAGGGUAUCUUCAAUGAUAUGUUCCCUAUCGAGUACGGACGUAUGCAGACCGACUACCCCCCUGCUGAAGGGUGGAACCAUGAGUGGAAGCGGCCAUCGAAGAAAUAG